UAUAAUGAGGAACUAAGAAAAAAUGUCAAUAGUUGAUUGUCCUUCUAGGAACUUGUUUCUUUUGACAAAGUUUAGAGUGAAGUAUUGAAACCAUUUUUUUUAGGACAGAACUCAUCAAAUACUGUACAUAGCUUUAUUGUCAUUUUGCUCUUGUUCUUUGUUUGUUUCAUUUAAGGUUGAUCAAUGUUUUGGACAUAUUAACUAAUGAAGAGAGACGGAAAACAAAAACAAAAAUCUCCCAAAAAACAGUACUACUUAGAUAUCAUGCCGCCUUUACGCGGUUAAGUAGAUAAGUAUCGGCUAUAAGCUACAGAAUAUAGAAAAAAAUCAUCCUACGAAAUACAUCUGUAGUUUAUAGCCGAGAAACCAAGAGCGUGAUAAUACUAUAGUUAAAUUCAGUUUUAAUUGAUAUACCACUAGUUGACUAGUUAUAUCUCAGAUUUGACUGAUCUCAGUUUUGGCUAGCCAAAAGUGGAAUCUUAGUUUUGGCUGAAGAAUUGUUAGCCAAAAGUGGAAUCUUAGUUUUGGCUGAAGAAUUGUUAGCCAAAAGUGGAAUCUUAGUUUUGGCUGAAGAAUUGUUAGCCAAAAGUGGAAUCUUAGUUUUGGCUAGGGAAAUCUAAGAUAUGACUGAAUUCCAGUUUUGGCUACAACAUAUCCACUUGAACAGGGUUAUGGAGAUAUCACAGCAGUUCGUUUGACACCUCUACUAAAAGAGCGCUCAACAGAGAAGACAUUUUUAUUGUUAUCACUUGUACUCAUUUAUUUUCGAAGCUUGACAUACGCCAUAAAAUACAAUUAUAUCGAUAUUCUAAUGAUGUUUAUGCCAAAUCAAUUAAUAUUCUAAUGAAUCCAUCUCCAAAUAUGGCCUAGCGAUUGUCUAUUGAAUCAUUUUUAUUAGCAAAAUACUUUGACGAGCUUGAUAAAACACCCGUCAAUGUAAAUAUUAAUCCACAAUUGAAAGUGUGGUCAACGAUAAACGAUUUUUGUUUUUUCAAAAUAUAUUCAGAUGAAGAAUCACAGUAUUUAUUGCCGUAUGAUAAUGGUACAUUUGAUAACAUUUCAACUGGUCGCUUCGUUGGAAUGAUUACUUAUGCUAGUGGAGUGGAAGAUAUUAAUCAAUGUUUGCUGAGUAAUCAUAUUGGAUGUUUUACAAGUGAUAAAACAAUAAACAAUUUUAUAACUAUCCAUCAUCCUGCUUGGGCCGCAUUUUAUUUAGUAAUUAAAUAUCCAUUAUUAAAUACCGAAGAUAAAGAGAAAUUAAAAGAUUAUCAUGAUCGUUAUUAUAAUGAACCACAAGUAAUAGCCUUUAGAAAUGAAUAUAAUGAAAAGUACAAGCAAAUGAUUAGAAUUUAUGAUAAUACAAGAAACGAAGAAGGCACUCCAGCUAAAAUUCAGAAAGUACGUGAGUUUGUCCUAUUAAUGACUACAUAUACGAUGAGCAUUUAAACACUUCACUCGGCGUAUGCCAGAAUUCUGCUAGAAUGCAUUUUUAGCGUUCGAAGACUAUUUACUUAUUUAUUUAUUUAUGCAAUCUAUUAUAAUAGAAUUACAGAGACUGAGACAAAAGCAAUAUACCUUGUAUACCACUUGUGUCGUCACACGGAAAAAUUAGUAAGAGAACUAAGUAACUUUAACAAAAGAAUAAGAAUGAAAGUAACAAGUAUCAUACGAAGAAAAGACAUAAGAGUCAACAACUGAAGACAAAAAAGCCAAAAAGUUACGUGGAAUAUAGAGUUUUCCAGGGAAUACUCCAGCUUCUUAUGACCUUGUGGCUGCUUUAAGAGCUAUCGAAUGCUUCUGGUAGUUUGCGUAAAAAACUUCUGAAGUAAUGUACCCCACUUUUUUUCAUACUCUUAAAUGAAUGUUUCUUUUGUUAUUUUCUUAAGGGCCCCCCU